GAAACACCUAAUUGAAUGAUAAAAUCGUUUGUACGGGACUACGAUGUGGCAACUGUGUGAUCGUAUGGUGGUGAUCGUAUAAAGGUGCAAGUGCCUCGAGAUGUCUCGCCAGUUAUCACUGCUCGAUCUAAACGUUUGCUGCCUGGCCUGCAUUUUGAGCUUCUUACCCGCAAAGGAUCACUUGCACCUCGCCCACGUCUGCACCCAUUUGCGAGAUGUCCUCAUUGCUUGCGGGAAGAGUUUUUACAGGAGAGUAGAGCUUACUGGAUCCUGGAACGAGCUACUCCUAAUGCGAGAAGUUGGCCAUCUGGUGCAGGAUCUGCUCGUCACAUAUAACCAGAAAACCCCCCAUACAGAUUUGCUUUGCAAAACCAUCAGAUGGCUUGUUAACUUGGAGAACGUUACGCUGAACCUUGACGAGUUUCCUUCAUUUCACUCCGCAGAAACGAUUAUUUUGACUCUGGAAAAGCUGCCCAUCCUUAGAGGCAUCAAAGUACUCCAAAACAAUCGUCUUCACAACGUCCACAAUAGGCCUCGUGCACGAGUAUUUAUACCAUCCUCCACGGGGAUUCCUGAGAGUCUUCUGAUGAUUCUCGAGACAUGCAAUCCCACCAUCCCGACACACGAUUGGUCGUUCAUCUGCCUGGAAUCCUUUUUAGGCGACCACCAGGUGAUUCUUAUUCUCACAAAGGAUUCCGUGGAUGCAAUCGAUCGAGCUGGUGGAAACCUAAGUCUUGGCUUAAAUUGCAUUCACCCAAUGAUUUAUGCCAGGGGCGCCGUGUCCGAUGGAAACAGGAUUAUUCCCAACUUGAAUACUCCUAAGUGAUGAAGAUCUUUCAACUGUCCAAACCUUUAUACCUCGUAUUCCAUGAAAUCUAAAACCCAUUAGUCAUUGUCCCACAGAGAUUCCAGUAGAAUGGUUAACUUUAUAAGGUUU